AUGGGUAACACUCCUGGCACGUCUAAAAGGCGCUCAUCAAUUGAUGAAGAGUACACUGGCAGCGCUGGCGUAAUGAGCAACCCUUAUUAUCCUCCAAAGAGAAAGUUCAUUUUGCAAGCUUCUCAGACUGUAAAUGAUGAUGAUCCUGUUGUGAGUAUUUUAACAGAGGGUCACACAAUUGAGGCAAUUGCUAACCAGCUGCGGAAUUCUCGAAUCCAAGAUACAUCUGAACACCCCUGUUUAUUCACGGAUGUUGCUGGAAGUCCCGAAUCAUCUACUGACGUACCUGAUGAACCUCCAGCACAGACGACACUGCCCACAGUUUUUAAGUGGGAAGGUGGGGGGAAAGAGGUGUACAUUAGUGGAACAUUCAACGGGUGGAAGUCUAAAAUUCCCAUGAUCAAAAGGCAACAAAAUUUCUACACUAUAAUUGAUCUACCUGAAGGCGAAUACCAGUAUAAAUUCAUAGUAGAUGGUCAAUGGAAACUGGGUAAAAAUCAGCCAACAACGACAAGUUCCACGGGUGUUCAAAACAACACAAUCACCGUGAAUCUAUCUGAUUUGGAUGUAAUUGAGGCGCUCACUAAAAUGGAUGCCGUACCGACGGGUAGUUCCCCGCCUGGUGAAUAUGGCCAAGUGAUCCCACAAAGCCCCUCUGCGGCCUUUGCCAGUUCUGCCAACAGUACCAGUGCUUCCCCCUACACCGGAACCUCACCAGCCGGUCAGCCAGCUGCUCCGAUCGCAUUGGGCAUCGAAAGCAAGGCUACCAAGCCACCGCUUCUUCCUCCUCAGCUUCUACAGGUGAUUCUGAAUCGGGAUACCAACGCACAGUGUGAUCCAAAUCUCCUGCCUCAACCAAAUCACGUUAUGCUUAACCAUAUGUACGCUCUCUCGAUAAAAGACGGAGUAAUUGUGUUAUCGGCGAUAUCUCGAUACCGGCAGAAAUUCGUCUCAACAGUUCUCUACAAACCCAUAUAG